UGAAGCGGACGUGGGAUGCGCAGGAUGGGAUGAGCUGAGAAACGGCGGACGGCGAUGUGAGAAGAGAAGAUAGUUUAAGAGACCAUCAUGUCUUCAUUAAAUGACACGGGAGACAUGGCGAACUCCAGUUCUCUGAACACGACCUCCCCGCAGCCUCACAGGGCGGAGAUCCUGGAGAACCCACUGCGGACCUAUCUCCUGGGAAUCAUAAUCUCCAUAUGUGGGAAUAUUCUCAUCAGCAUUUCACUCAACAUACAGAAAUAUGCCCACGUCCGUCAGUCUCAGCGAGGCUCCAAGCCCUACUACACGUCUGUGGUGUGGUGGUGCGGUGUGGCUCUCAUGGGCAUCGGGGAGCUGGGGAACUUUGCUGCCUACGGCUUUGCCCCAGCGUCGCUCAUAGCCCCGCUGGGCUGCGUCUCUGUCAUCGCCAGCGCUUUCAUAUCGGUGAUUUUCCUCAAGGAGACGGUGCGCGUCUCUGACAUCCUUGGUGGCGCCCUGGCGAUAACAGGGACGUAUGUCCUGGUGAUGUUUGCCCCCCACACCACCACACACAUCACCGCCCUUCUGAUCCAGUACUACGUCCUCAGCUGGUACUUCCUGGUUUACCUGUUAUUAGAGGUCCUGGUCUUUUGCAUCCUGCUCUACGUGUACAAGUGGCGGAAAGUGAAGCACAUCGUCAUCGUGAUGCUGCUGGUGGCCCUGCUCGCCUCUCUGACAGUCAUCUCCGUCAAAGCCGUGUCGGGGAUGAUCGCGGAGUCCAUAAAAGGCCAGCUGCAGCUCAUCUACCCCAUCUUCUACGUCAUGCUCGUGGUCAUGAUUGCCUCCUGCGCCUUCCAGAUCAAAUUUCUCAAUCAGGCAAUGAAAAUGUUUGACGCCACCGAGGUGGUUCCUAUCAACUUUGUGUUUUUCACCGCCAGUGCCAUUGUUGCAGGGAUAGUGUUUUACCAGGAAUUUGAAGGAUUGGCCCUGCUAAACAUUUUCAUGUUUCUUUUUGGCUGCCUCCUGUCUUUCCUCGGAGUCUUCAUGAUCGCCCGAAACAAGCCAAAAAUAAAGCAAGAUCCCGAUUUCAUCGCAAUGGAUAAGAUUCCUAGGAAAAGCCACACAGACAAAGUGCAGCCCGAAGCCAAGACUCAGACAUACGGCUCGCUGGCAGCCAAACUCAUGUGCAACAGUGCCAGCCGGACCCACGACGAGUCGUAGGAGCGGCGCCAUGUCGGGACUGGAACUUUUGGGAGGAUUUGUAUGUAUUUGUAUGCAUUCUUCCUCCCAGGGUACUUCAAUAAUCUCUCUAUUCAUAGCAAUUAAUGGGAGGCAUCAAUUCACAAUUGGUGGCCAUAUUGGUCUUAAGAUGUAUUUAUCAAGAAUACCAAGUAUCUCUUUAAAUAUGAGUUAGAAGUAUUCCCAGCAGUGUUAUGAGGAAAGAUUAUUUCAGGGAAAAAGAGGUCAUGAGGGCACUGUGACAAAUGUCUUC